ACGCGGCGCCGCAGCAUGGAGCUUGUGUCAGUGGAGUAUGAGUACCAGUACAAGGCGAAGGACGGCCACAUCAUCUCCAUCAAACCUCAGGAGGUUUACAUCCUGGUCUGCAAAACUAAUGAGCACUGGUGGCGCGUCCGCAAGGACCAGGACACCAAACCCUUUUACAUCCCUGCCAGUUACGUGAAGGAACUGUCAGCCCCACCAACCAAAUCUACUCCUACUAAGAACUCAUCAGAGAGUGAUACCAAAAGCAAACCUUUGAUUUGUACAAGUCAGGCUCCUUCUAAGGAGAAGUACCGCUUCUCUACGUUUGGUUUCUGUGAGAACUCGUCACAUGUGAAUUCAUGGGAGCCUGUGAAAGGCACCGCGUCAAGAAGUGUCAGCUUGGCAGACACUCCAAACACUGCACAGAUGCACAACUCCAAACCAGAGGCUGCACUGAUCUCUGCACCUGCAAAAGCUGACAGCCUCGACGAGGAACCAAAACCUCAACCUGCAGAGAACCCUGCACGGCUCAAAGAGCCUCAGGAUGAUGCACCAAAAGAACAAAUGCAGACUUUUCCUGAGGAUUACAACAUGGACUUCCCCUUACCGCCCCCAGACAUGCACGACAUGAUUCCAGACAUAGAGAUCACGGAAUCAGACAAUUUCCCUGAGCCGGAGACUCUGGUUCCUGCAAAGGAAGAAUCAACUGGUCUGCAGAGCUCGAACCAAACGACAGAAACAGCUCCUCUCACAGUCAGUAAGGUACAGGAUGACAACGUUCGGACGGGAGUGUAUGUGAAUGUAGCACAACUUCGCCAAAGUAUUUCCGAGUCUCCGCCUUCGGUCGCCUCGCCCUGCUCUCCGUCCCCGUUCAACGAAUGGGAGGUUCAUGUUGACCAGGAUAGUGGACAGGAGUACUACUAUCACACCGCCACAGGGCGCACGACCUGGGAGAGCCCCUUUUUAGACUCCCCUACAGACACUCAGCAGCUCCCCUCAGAGGAGCCCCGGCCUCCGUCGCUUCCACGCUCUCCUCUCUCUUUGUCCUCGCCCCUGCCCUCUGGGUGGACUUCCGAUUGGGAACAGUUGGUGGAUGAAAGCAGUGGUCGGCCAUACUUCUACAACGCGAUGUCUGGGGAGACGUCCUGGGAGCCUCCGGAGCAGCAGAGCCCCUACCCUCCUCUGAUGGAUUCCCUGAACAGGUUUCCUGGCGAUGGACUGCCUCCAUUACCCGUGGAGGACUAUCCCCCUGAGGAUUACCCAACUGACGAUAUUCCAGACGUUUCGGAAGACCACCUCGCUACCCAAAGCCCCUCCUUCUCCAAUGAGUUCUCCUUCAGCCACGUGACCCGGACCAACAUCCCCCGGGCCAACCUGGACCGUAGCACCCCACCUGGAUGGAACCUCACAGUCGAACCCAAUGGGACUUGGGUGUUUACUAAUGAUAACUCUCCAGACCAGUGGAUCAAAUCUGUGGAUGAGCAAGGGCAGACCUACUACUACCUGAGAGACGGCUCCAGGUCCCAGUGGAACCUUCCGGAGGCUCCUGUAGCUCCCUACCAAUCCAGGGAGAACGGUGUUGAAGGAGAAAACGUGUCGGUCAUCAGAAACUGGAGACACACCAUGGGACCCUCUCAAUUCACUGGGCAGGACGAUGGGAGAUUUGUCCAAACUCACAAGAGAAACAUGUCGGACAACAGCAGCAACGGAGCGAGCACGGAAAACUCUUCGGAGACGCAACAUAACGUGCAGAACUUGGAAAAAGCUGGAAUUCUCAACAAAACAAAAGUUUGUGAGAACGGAAAGAAAGUACGGAAAAACUGGACUGCGACAUGGACAGUUCUCCGUGAAGGUGUGUUGACGUUCCACAAGGACCCCAAGUCUACAACGGCCGGGAAUAUUAACAAGACCAAUCAGAUUGUUCCGGAGUUCGCUGUGGAGCUGAAAGGAGCGACUAUUGGUUGGGCGUCGAAGGACAAAUCCAGCAAAAAGAAUGUGUUAGAGUUAAAAGGAAAGAAUGGCGUGGAGUUUCUCAUCCAGUACGACACAGACAGUAUCAUCCACGACUGGCACAAAAUCAUACUGGACGCCAUACGAAAACUAGAUUAUCAGGACCAACAUCCUGAAGAAGAGGAUGGAGACAUUUACGAAAAGAUUGCAGAGGACAAACCCAGCAGCACCAUAGACAGACGGAAACAAUCUAAGCCGGCCGUCACAAAUUCACCCAGCUCUUCGGGGGAGACGGACCCCAAGAAGGUUCGAACCAAGCUGAUGAAAUUGCUUAUGAAGCGUCCUACGUUGGAGGCAGUGAAGGAAAAAGGAUAUUUCAGAGAAAAUGUCUUUGGCUGUCCUCUGGAUACGCUGUGUGCACAUGAAAAGACGACGGUUCCCAGUUUUGUGGAAAAAUGCAUCAAAGCGGUGGAAAAGAGGGGUUUAGACAUUGAUGGAUUGUACAGAGUUAGUGGAAACCUUGCUGUCAUUCAAAAACUUCGCUUUAAGGCAGAUCAUGAGGAGCUGAACCUGGAGGACGGUCAAUGGGAAGACGUUCACGUCAUCACCGGAGCACUGAAAUUAUUCUUCCGAGAGCUUCCUGAACCGCUUUUCCCCUACAGUCACUUUGAAGCCUUCAUCUCUGCCAUCAGAAUUCCUGAUUAUAAUACAAAACUGUUGCGUAUUUAUGAACUGGUCAGAUCACUUCCUCAAGCUAAUCAUGACACCAUGGCGCUGCUUUUUGAGCAUUUGCACAGGCUCAUUCAGUACGGUGAGGACAAUCGCAUGACUGUUCAGAACGUGGCUAUCGUGUUCGGCCCCACUCUGCUCCGGCCUGAGAAAGAGUCCUCCAACAUCGCCAUGCACAUGAUCUUCCAGAACCAGAUUGUGGAGUUCAUCCUGAAUGAAUACGAGCGCAUCUUCUGUUCCAGCUGAAGCAAACUCACGAUGCUUCUUCUGUCUUUUGCUGAAAGUUUCUUUAACAGUUUUUUUUUUUUUUUAAUCUAGUAAAAUGAAAUACAUUUGGCAGUAUUGGGGGGAUUCAAUCUUGAGCCACAGGGUAGCAGAUGUUUGAGGGUUUUGUAUCUAAAACAAGCUGUUUUUUCUGUUAAAAAAAUAACUCCUUGACAUUUAAGGUUUUUAAAUCUCACAAGCCACUUUCUAAGUUCUUAUGCUUUUGGAUUUUUUUUCAGGUUUUUUCUUAAUCACACUGUAGAAAAACCUCAAAAUGGAAAAUAAUUUCUUCUACAAGGUUUAAAAAUUGCUUUCUAAUUUUUAAAAUCUUUUACAUGUGUUUAAAGUAGCAACAUGUCUCUCAUCACAAUUGCAUUCUAGUACUGUGUUUUCUUUUAAGCCUUUCUUUUAUCCUGAAAUGUUUUUGUAAUAUAGAAAUGUAUAAAAUAUAAUAAAUGCAUUAUAUUGCUGAUGGGAUCUUGGUAAGAAUCGAGUACUUUUCUACCAAGCUUCCUUGAAGAGAUUGUACAAUAACAUCCCAGAAAUUUAAACUAGAACUAUUUUUUAACUUUAAAUCAAUCUGAGAAUAAAUUUAAAAAAGGGUAUUAAGAGAAAAAUAUGUCUUGUAAAUAGUAAAGGAUGGCAUAUUUAUGCUGUGAGUUGGUUGAAUAAAUGCUUCUUGCAUAGUUCUUUCAAAAUAAAAGAAUUGUCAUGAAAAGA